AGUCAGGACAGUCAGCCAUCCAGAAGUGCCUGCACCAUGAGUGUUUCUGCACUGAGCCCCAUAGGAGCCCUGGGCAGUGUCUCUGGGCUCCUGCAGGUGGCCUCGGUGUUCGGGCUGCUCCUGCUUCUGCUCAAGGCAACACAGCUCUACCUGCACAGACAGUGGCUGCUCAAAGCCCUUCAGCAGUUCCCAUCCCCUCCUUCCCACUGGCUCUAUGGACACAGCCGGGAGCACCUGAAGGACAACGACCUGCAAGAGGCACUGAGGAGGGUGAAGAACUUCCCACGUGCCUGUCCAUACUGGCUGUGGGGGAACAAGGCUCACUUGGUGAUCUAUGACCCUGACUACAUGAAGGUGGUCCUGGGGAGAUCUGAUCCAAAGUUGACAGAUGUCCACAAAUUCUUGUCUCCCUGGAUUGGCUAUGGUUUGCUCCUAUCGGAUGGGCAGACAUGGUUCCAGCACCGGCGGAUGCUGACCCCAGCCUUCCACUAUGACAUCCUGAAGCCCUAUGUGAAUCUCAUGGCCGACUCUGUCAAGGUGAUGCUGGACAAAUGGGAGCAGCUUGUCACCCAGGACUCACAUCUGGAGAUCUUUGGACACGUCUCCUUGAUGACCCUGGACACCGUCAUGAAGUGUGCCUUCAGCUACCAGGGCAGCGUCCAGACAGAUAGGAACUCCCAUUCCUACAUUCAGGCCGUUGGGAACCUCAACAGUCUGUUUGUUGCUCGUUUGAGAAGUGCCCUCUACCAGAACGACAUCAUCUAUAGGCUGAGCCCUGAAGGCCGCCUGAGCCGCCAGGCCUGCCAGCUGGCCCAUCAACACACAGACCAAGUGAUCCGGCUGAGGAAGGCUCACCUGCAGAAGGAAGGAGAGAUGGAGAACUUGAGGAAGAAGAGGCACUUGGAUUUCCUGGACAUCCUCCUCUUUGCCAGAAUGGAGAAUGGGAGCAGCUUGUCUGACACCGACCUCCGUGCUGAAGUAGACACGUUCAUGUUUGAAGGCCACGACACCACAGCCAGUGGCAUCUCCUGGAUCUUCUAUGCUCUGGCCUCCCACCCUGAAUAUCAGCAGAGGUGCCGGGAGGAGAUCCGGAGCCUCCUGGGGGAUGGUACCUCCAUCACCUGGGACCACCUGGGGCAGAUGCCCUACACCACCAUGUGCAUCAAGGAAGCAAUGAGACUCUAUCCUCCAGUACCAGCCAUUAUCAGAGAGCUCAGCAAACCCAUCACCUUCCCUGAUGGACGUUCCUUACCUGCAGGAAUCAUAAUCUCACUCUCCAUUUACGCCCUUCACCACAACCCAAAGGUGUGGCCGAACCCAGAGGUGUUUGACCCAUCCCGCUUUGCUCCCGGUUCUGCUCAACACAGCCACGCUUUCCUGCCCUUCUCAGGAGGAUCCAGGAAUUGCAUCGGGAAGCAGUUUGCCAUGAAUGAGAUGAAGGUGGCUGUGGCCCUGACCCUACUCCGCUUUGAGCUGGCACUGGAUGCCUCCAGGGUCCCCAUCCCACUAAGAAGAGUUGUGUUGAAGUCCAAGAAUGGUAUCCACCUGUAUCUCAGGAAGCUCCCCUGACCUUUGAGGGGACAAGGACAAACUGCCAUCCUUUCUUCCUAUCACUCUCCCUGCCUGCCUCUCUGCCCACUUUCUGCUUUCUUUCUGCCCAGCUGCCAGCCUACUUCAUCUACUUCCUUCCUCUCAGAACCUCUAACCCUUUCCAAGGCUUCCUGCUUGGUUUUCUGUUGCCUUUCUCCUACACACCUGUGUCUCUGACUGUCCUGCUAACUCCUCAUCACCUGCCUGUUCCAGCCAGUCUGCCCUCUCCCUGCCUUGCUUCCCUUCUGCCUGCUUGUCUGCCUUCUCGGAAUCUCUUCUUUCUGAUACAAUAGUUCACCAGAAACCUACUGACAUGCAAUGACACAAAUUUACAAUCUUACAAUUUAGGAGAUCAGAAAUCUGAAAUGGAUUUAACAGAGCCACAACCAAGGUGUUGCAGAAGCUCUAGUGGAGACUGUCUUUUCUUGCAUUUCCCAGCUUCUAGAACUUGGCUCUUAAGGCCUUUUCAGUGAGUGCAUUAGGCCUUCCCAGAUUACUGAGGAAAUAUGCUUUUCUUAAAUUCAGUGGAUUGUGGAUGUUAAUCAUAUAUACAAGAUCUUCACAGCAAACCCUGGACUUCGGUUUAAUUGAGUAACUGGCUGCUACAAGUUAACUAUCCAAUUUGACACAACAAACUAGGCAUCACCGUCUACCCCUUCCACUUGGCAUCCAUAUGCAUCCCUGGAACCAUACUUAAUCUGCAAAUAAAAACUGUGUUAAAUCAUA